UCAAAUAUGGCGGAAACAUGGGAAUAUGGAUGAGUUUGUUUUGAUUUUAGAAAGGACCUUGCAGAUGGACAAUUCAUUAGAUUAAGAAGUCAUGAGGGCCAGAAGCAACUCCAUUGUUCGUCUGGACUGGUAUCAUCGUCUCGUAAACCGGACAAUAUUAGAUUUUCAGGAUCCAGUAACUGGUCUGUUGCCACCGAAAAUCGACUGGAAUGCUUAUAAAUCAAGAUCUUGUGACUGUAAGGAUGCUUGGGUGCGGGACAAUGUUUACAGUAUCCUGGCUGUGUGGGGUCUGUCACUUGCUUACAGAAAGAACGCUGACAUGGAUGAGGACAGAGCAAGGGCACAUGAACUUACACAGGCUGUGGUAAAGUGCAUGAGAGGUUUGCUGCUCUGUAUGAUGAGACAGGUUGAAAAGGUUGAAAAAUUUAAGAAAUCUCAAGCAAAGGAGGAUGCCUUACACGCAAAAUACAAUUUAAAGACUUGUAGUCCAUGUGUUGGAGACCAUGCCUGGGGACAUCUUCAGAUUGAUGCCACAUCACUCUACCUCCUCAUGUUGGCUGAAAUGACUGCCUCAGGAAUACAAAUUAUUUUCACUCUUGAUGAAGUUGCCUUCAUUCAAAAUCUGGUGUUUUACAUUGAAAAAGCAUUUUGCAUCCCAGACUAUGGUAUUUGGGAAAGAGGGGACAAACUUAAUCAUGGCAUGCCAGAGCUAAAUACAAGUUCCAUUGGAAUGGCAAAGGCUGCUCUGGAAGCAUUAGAUGGUUUGGAUUUAUUUGGCCCAGAGGGAGGACAUGCCUCUGUUAUCCAUAUUCUUCCUGAUGAUAUCCAGCAGUGUAAGGCUAUUUUACAGUCAAUGGUACCAAGAGAAUCCAAUUCCAAGGAAGUUGCUGCUUCUGUUUUGAGUGUAAUUAGUUUCCCAGCUUUUGCCGUUGAAGAUGCAGAUCUAGUCAAAGAAUCUAGGGAAAAAAUAAUUUCAAAACUUCAGGGUCGAUAUGGUCUUACUCGUUUCAUCCGAGAUGGUUAUAAAACUCCACUUGAGGACCCAUUCAGACUUCAUUAUGAACCAGCUGAACUGGAGAUCUUUGAGAAUAUCGAAUGUGAAUGGCCAUUGUUCUUCUGUUACCUCCUUCUCGAUGGUGUGUUUCAUGAUGAUGAGGAGCAGGUGAAAACAUACACAAAGCUGCUGGAACCUCUGCUUGUGAGAGAUGAAGGUGGUCUUCCUUUAGUUCCAGAAUUCUUUUAUGUGCCCAGGGACAAGGUUGAUGUUGAGAAAGCUAAUCCGCACAGUGUGGAAAGGAAUUGUGGGGAAUAUGUGUUGCACUUGUGGUCUCACUCGCUCUAUGUUCUGGCCUGUCUGCUAAAAGAGAACUUUAUCGCAGUUGGGGAGAUUGACCCUCUUAAUCGUAGACAUUCGACCGACAAAAGACCAGAUGUAGUGGUGCAAGGUCAGUGUACUAUCUGCCCUCGGCUUUCCUACCAUUCGCUCUUACAAAGGGCUAACCCCGAAAAGUCAAGGAAAAAUCUCAAGUUAGAUCUGACAGGCAGGCCAAACUAUAACAUCGGAGUCUUAGGAACUAGCAUGUUGUACAAUGUCGGAAACUCCAUUUUGGCUUUUACACCCCAAAUACUCGACUAUCACCAGUUUUACUUAGCUCUUGAUAAUGAGUUCCUUGCUGAUCGGAUCAAGUCACUUGUGGGUUUCCUCGGAGCUAAUUGGAGAAGACUUGGAAGACCGAUUCUCACAAUGACCAUCACUCACUCAAUGUUGGAGGACUCCCUAAAUUCAUCCAUUUCCAAGAUGAUUAUGAUGCUGAGGAGUGGCUAUAUAUCUGGAGUCAGGGUUCGUCUUGGGUAUCUGUCAGAAUUUUUGAGUACGUCCUGUAUUACAGGUCUGCAUUUUAUUGAGGACACUGAAGAGGUUUUUAGGAGACAUAGAAGGUUACGGGUACCCAGUGACCUGCUGCUGCGAACUGAUUCUGAAUCAAUCACAUCGGGAAGAAAUCGAGCUUAUAGCACUGCUGGUCAUAGCGCGGUAAGAAGAAAGUCGAGUUACAAGGGUUUGGUUAAAAGAAGUAGAAGCAUCUCAGUGUACUACGAGCCAUCUGGUGGUACAUCUCUUUCAGCGACUUGGAAGUCACCUCAGUCGCCUUCACCUGACACUGAUGAGGACAGUGGCCCAUCAUUACCUACCUGGGGUACCGAUUCAGUUCCCGGAUGUGAAGCAUUUGAAGAUCGCGCAGCUAAUGGUUGGACACCAGCCAGGUCACGUGCCAUGUCCACUGACGUGGAGUUGGAAGAAUUACUGUUGCAACUCAAAGAAGCAGAGACAAUUGAUGCCCAAGCUGACAUACUACAUUUCUUGUAUAAUACAAGGGGUCCAGACUUUGAUACUCAACUUUUUGGUGAACCAGGAGUUACAGUCCAAAAACUCCUCGGAGAGCUUUACGAAAAGGCUUGUCAAAGUAAGCUAUGGUCCUUAGUGCGUCACACCGCUGGGCUGUUGAGAAAACGAGUGGAGGAUCUAGCCGAGGCUGCCACAGAUCUUUUAGUGCACCAGAAGCAGCUGACUGUGGGGAUCCCUCAGGGUGGACACGAAGAGGUCAUAACAAGACCCCUUCCGCAAGAGGACAUGAAAAAUAUAAUUUUCAACGUUUUUGGUGAAGAUAUGAGCACUGGUGUUGUCACUCAGGAACUGUUAGUUUAUCUUGGGAUCUUUGUAAGGACUGAACCGUCUCUAUUCAAAGAGAUGCUGAGGCUUCGAGUCGGCCUGAUAAUAGAAGUUAUGGUGGCUGAGUUGGCGAGAUCCAUGGAUUGUUCCGGUGAAGAUGCCGCUGAGUUUUUCAUGAACUUGAGCCCUUUUGAGAUGAAAACUCUCCUGUAUCACAUUCUUAGCGGAAAGGAGUUGGUCGUUUCAAGUGAUUUGUCCUAUGACAACAAGAGCACACCAGAGAAACAGAUCUCCAUCGUAAACGUCGACCUUCCGAAGAGGGUUGGGAUCCGAAAACUUUCUAGUGCUAUUAAGAAAAUAAGCUGUAUUAAAAUGUUUGCGGGGAAACAUAUGCAUAUGAGCGGUAGAGGAUUGCUACCAUCACCUGAUCAGGAUAAGCUGGGACCACAGAAAGAUAAAGAUGACGAGGACGAGGACCCUCAGGACCGCCUUGGGCAGUGGAUCAGGCGUAGGUGCCUUGAUGGAGCUCUUAACCGAGCCCCUGAGGAUUUUUACCCCAAAUUCUGGAAAGUUCUCGAAAAGUGUCGAGGUAUGACCAUUUACAAGCAUUAUCUACCGAACACCAUGGUCUUAGAGAUGACUCCAGGAGAAUUGAAGUUUGCGUUGUGUGUGGAAGCUGCCCUGAAUCGCAUUCCAGAGCCGGAAUAUCGCCAACUUGUGGUGGAAAUGUUGAUGGUGCUGUCUCUUGUGGUUGAAUAUCAUCCAGAACAGACCCUUGGAGACACUAUUGACGUUGACGAACUUGUUUUCGAGGGCCACAGUUUGUAUCUUAAAGAUCAGAUGAACAUCAAAGGUGAUUCCACUAUGUGUUGCGCUCGUCUUCCUCAUGAAAAAAUCAGUUGUGGUGGAGCAUCAGGCAUCUGUCGAUAUUUCUACGACACUGCUCCAAGUGGACGGUUUGGAACCAUGACAUAUUUUUCACGAGUUGUCGCCAAGCGAGUCAGUCAUCUUCCACAUGAGAAUGAGUGCGUGGUUGCUUAGAAUUAGAGAUUUUUUAAUGCAAACAAAGAAUUCAAUUUUUUGUAGUUUCUCAUGACAGAUAGUAACGCCUUUCUCCCGUACGUUAUUAUUUACUUUCUUGAAUUUACUUCUUGGAAUGUUUCAUUCUAGGAAAAGUUUGCCACUCGGUUAUGUGUGAACAAGAAUAAGCGCCGGGUGUAAAGCUGUUUAAAGGGAGGGGGUAAGUUUCUAAAGAAAGUGUGGUGCUGCGCCGAUGGGAGAGUAGAGCAAAGUAAUUUGGUUUUAUCGAAACGUCAGCGUAAGAAACUCUUGACGCUGGUCAGUUUGUAUUAUCAACUCAGCUGAUUAAACCAAACAAUCAUAUAAAGCUGUUUACGUGAGUUGAAAACCAGUAGAAUGAGUGACGUUAUAUUUAUUUAGAACUACGCGAAAGAAGAGGUCUUUAAUUUAUGAUAGGGUUCCAAGACCUGUACAGAAUUUUUUUUUCAAAUUUUGUGGAGGCUUCUUUACAACAGCAUGGGUGACCUUUCUGAUUAUGCUCUCCCAUUCGUUUUAUAUGUUUCAUCCAAGCCAAUCAGUAUUCAGGCAUUAUCAAGCAAUAUCUUCUCAUUUCAUUCGUGAGUAAAUAGCAUCACAAAUUUCUUCUACCUCUUACAAAUUACUCCUUAAUAUAUAUCAUUAAUAAAAUUUAAUUGGCUAAGUGGUGGGAAAAGGAUACUACGUUCCAGCGACCAGGUUUGUUUUGUGAUCAAAAGGGUAUUCUCUUUAGCUCUUGAUUCAUUAUCUUGUCGCAGGCGUGAUCUUGUCGUGGUCAUAAUGACAUGCCUCUCGCUAGUUUAUUGGCUUAUUGUAAACAACUUUGACAGCCUCCAACAACGCGUCAGAAGAGUGUGUUUUGGUGGAGUACCAUCUGGCGUAUCAUGUUUUCAAAGCUGACGCAAUUUGCUGAAGGGAAGUUGAUUGCAGUGGGAAGAAUCAGUAAACUUUGCGCAAAGUUCA